AUGGACUCCCAGAUGACCAAACAGGCCCUGAACGAGAUCGAGACGCGACACAACGAGAUCAUCAAGUUGGAAACGAGCAUCCGGGAGCUUCACGACAUGUUUGUGGACAUGGCCAUGCUGGUGGAGAGCCAGGGCGAGAUGAUCGACCGCAUCGAGUACAACGUGGAGCACUCGGUGGAUUACGUGGAACGCGCCGUCUCGGACACCAAAAAAGCCGUCAAGUACCAGAGCAAAGCCCGGAGGGUGAGUGGUGGGGAGAACCUGGCUGGAGAUGAUGGUGGUGGUGAUGAUGAUGGUGGUGGGGUCUGGUGGGAG